AUGCCUAUCCCACGGAAUCCAUUAUAUCUCAUCAAGCGACAGAUCCUGAUAAGCAGGGAAGAGCGCAAGGCUGAUAAAAUCAAGCACAUAGAAGAGCUUGAAGCAUGUGAAGAGCGCUUCCUCCGCGAAGAGAUUUCGCGUCUUGUAAGUGCUUGCAUGGAGAAAGAUGAAUGUCAAAAAACGCAUGAAGAAUUUCUCAAACAGUUGUUAAGACAGCAACUGGACGAAGUCGUACAAGAAAAAGAAUUAGAAAAGCACAGCGACUCUCAUUCGGCUGUUGUUGAGAAAGCAUCAGUGGCCAUUGGAACCUCUGACUGUCCAGACAUGGAUCUAGCAAGACAGCAUGCCAUAAUGUUACAGAUCUUUGGGAAAAACUGCAUGGAUUAUAAUCUUCGUGAGCAAGACCUUCAAAGGAAAUUAGACGAGAAAAAGGCAUUAUUUAAUAACUUGGCAAUCGAAUUUCAUUCGCAGAAUGAUGUUCAGGAAACAGACUUUCCCGAUCCCAAUACUUGCGAUCUUGCUCCGAGUCCUAACUCUUUUGCCGAAAAGGUAAAUCGCAAGACUGCUGGCAUAUUCACACUUUUGAAUAAUGAUAAUAAUGACAAUGUUCCGUUCGAUUUGCAGGCGAACAAUGAUGACAACACCAAUGAUGACGAUGAUGAUGUCUUUUCAGUAAAAAGCUCCAAGCAGACAAUCGAAAUUACGAGCCCAGUUCAAAUUUCAAGUCACCCGCUCGCCAAACAUACAAGAAAAAAGCGAAUACGGGCUAUAAGACGCGUACCCGAAGAUGACAGAAGAACAGAAGUAUACGAGAUAUCGUGCAUUUCCCACAACAGUGACAAACUGUUGUAUAUUAACUUACAUCCAUAA